AGCAACUACACAGCGAGGAGAGAGGAAGAAAGGUCCAAGCAAAACCCAGUGCCCAAGAAGAGCAGCGUCCUUGUCUCCUCCUCCUUCUCUAUAUAUAUAUACGCGGCCGGAGCGAGGAGGAGGGGAGGACGCCCUUGCUCUGCCUUCUUCUCUGGUGGCGUGGAGCAGUGGAGGCUGGUUUUGGCUUUUGUCGUCAUUGGCUGUCGAUCGAGCUAGCGAGCGAGAGAUGCAGCAGCACCUGAUGCAGAUGCAGCCGAUGAUGGCAGCCUAUGCGUCCCCUAAUCAAGUCACCACCGAUAUCAUCCAACAGUACUUGGAUGAGAAUAAGCAGUUGAUUCUAGCUAUUCUGGACAACCAAAAUGCUGGGAAAGCUGAUGAAUGUGCCGAGAACCAAGCUAAGCUUCAAAGGAAUUUGAUGUACCUUGCAGCGAUUGCAGAUAAUCAGCAACAAGCACCGACAAUUGCUCAGUUCCCGCCCAAUCCUGCCAUGCAAUCAGGUCCUCGCUACUUGCAGCACCCACAGGCUCAGCCGAUGACUCCUCAGUCGCUCAUGGCUGCUCGAUCGUCCAUGCUAUACGCUCAGUCACCGAUCUCUGCCCUGCAGCAGCAGCAAGCAGCAGUGCAUAGCCAGCUCGGCAGCAGCGGGGGAUUCAACAUGCUUCACGGAGAGGCUAGCAUCGGAGGGAACACGCUUGCUGGCGGAGUGUUUUCUGAUUUCGGCCGCAGUAGUUCAAUGAAGCAAGAUCCCGGCAGCACCUUGUCCAACGAAGGCCGCGGAAGCAACAACUCCGGCAGACAAAAUGGAGACGGCACAAAGACGGUCUACAUGAAGGGAGCUGAAGAGGAAGGGAACUAGGGAGUAUGGUGAUGUGGACUCCUAUAAAAUGCGUCACUCGAUCUGUUUUGGGUUCUUGUCGUGUCGGUGAUGGCAUUGACAUAUGAUGUUCGAUGAGGUGCAUGCUCAUCAGGGUUUUCAGUUCCAUUAGAGUAGAUAUGUAUGAUUAGUGUGGUGAAGAACCUAAUGUUAUGCUUUAAAGACCUGCCCAUGUAGCACCUUGUGGCUUCCGCAAGCCGAUUCUUCCCACUUCACUGAGCUGAUGUUCGGAGCUUGAAUCAUAGUGUUUCAUUGAUCCCCGUGUGGAUUGACAGGUA